UUUAAAAUUUAAUUGUCAAAUCUUUCACAUUUCUGAUUAAUUUUAAUUUUUUAUCACAUUUAUUUGUAUAUUGAUAGAAAAUUUGUAAAUCUGAAAUUUAGCAUGCCAUUUGUUUUGUCUGUGAAUUAGUUAUAAAUUGUAAUGAAGUUAUCUUUAUAGUUUGUUAUGGCUUGUGAAGUGUGCCACAAAUCAUAUGUUUUGAACAACGAAGGUGAUCAGUUUGAUUCGGAUGCAAAACCGCAUGUCUGUAUCACUUGCGGGCAGAGUUUUUCUUUGAAAAUUCAACUCAAACGCCAUACUUUGCUGCAUGCUAAUGGUGCGCCUUAUGUAUGUAUUAACUGUUCAAAAGACAACGAAAGUGAUGAAUCCAAAACAUACAAUCUUAGAUUAGCAAAGAAAAAUGAUGGAUAUGUGUGUGAUAUGUGUAACGAAUGUUUUAGUUCCAAAAGGUUGCUAUUCAGACAUACUGCAAAGGAACAUUCUUUCUUGAAAACUUUCCCCUGUGAUGACUGUCCAGAAUGCUUUGAAAACUCCACAGAAUUAAAAAAGCAUGCGGCAACACACAAAGUAAAAAAUACUAAUAAAAGGAAUGCUAAUAAAAUGGAUAUCUCUGUUGAUGAUUCUUCUGAGCAAAGUGUAUCUAAAACUUUUUCAUCUAAAAAGUUAUCAUGCCAUAUUUGUAACAAAAGUUUUGCUUAUCAGGCUUGUUUGGACAAACAUAUAAAGAAAUCCAAUUGUAAAGCCACUUUUCCUUCAUUAUCAAAAACAAUUAAAAAACCAAAUCUUGAAGUUCAAGAGUCUGAAACUCAUGAUAAAAAACAUGUUUGUAGUAUUUGUGGUAAAAACUUUGCUCGUAAAAGUGCUUUAGAAGGACAUGAAGCUAUCCAUUUAGCAGAAUCUUAUGACAGCCCAUAUGAAGAAUUUUCUGAUGAUAAUUCUUUUCAUGAGGAAGAAUGUGAUGAAUAUAUAUCACAACCUAAAAAACCUCGCCUUUCAAAAAUUAAUAUACAACAAUCGUAUACAUGUGGCAAUUGUAAUUUUGUCUGUUUUUCAAAACAGACACUUACAAAGCAUAUGAAAAAUCAUAAAGAUGAAGAAGGCUUGUCUGAUAGAGGUGACGAAGAUACCGAAAAUGAUGAUGACAGUUUACAAAAAUUUACUAAAUGUGAUGAGAAAUUCUGUUCCUCAGAAGAAUUGCAAGAACAUAAUAUUGUUCAUAUGAAGAAAGAAAAUGAAAAGAAACCUAAAUUUGAGGUGGAAGAACCAGGAGAAUACUCUUGUGAAAUUUGUGACAAAAUAUUUCAUUCUAAACGGCGCCUUAAGAAGCAUCUAUUAUUCCAUGUGGCUAGAAAAAUCAAUGAUGAUGAUGAUAGUGAAAAACUGGCUAUUGGUGUUGAAAGAAAACAACGAAGUAAAGAUUUUGCUUGUGAAAUUUGUGGCAAGCGUUUUGCUGGUGAAACAUGUUUAAAGAAGCAUAUUAUGAAACAUGAAAAUGGAGAAAUUACAGAAAAGAAAUCAAAGCGAUCUAAAAAGGAAAAAAUUAUCCAAACAUUGAUAUGUGAAUUUUGUAAUGAAGAAUUUACUGGUAGGCGAGGUGCUUAUGUUAAGCAUGUACAUUCUCAUACUCCAGAAGUAUGUGGAAUAUGUGAUGCAAGAUUUGUUGAUCGACAGGGAUUGAGAGAGCACUGUAAAAUUCAUAUAGGAACUGAGGAAGGGCGAAUGUUUGUGGAAUGUAGUCAAAAAGCCCUAGAUGCCAAAAAUGGACUCUUGCCACCAGAGCCUAAAGUUGAAUAUAUAUACUUGGUUUUACGUUGAAUUACAUUUUUAACCUUAUGCAAUAGUUCAAACAAUUAGUUACUAAUCAAUAUGGUUUUGCAUUAAAAAGAAGUGUGAAUGUUUUUAUUCAUUCAGUGCAUUUUUAACAAGUAAAAGCACAAGAUUCUCGGAUUAGUUUCCUUGUACAUUUGACAAUGAUCUUUUUAUAU